AUGAUUGUCAACUUAUCGGUCCUGGCGUUCGCCGCAACAAUUCUAUCAUCACACUCCCUCGUGCUUGCUCUCACGGCCUCCGAUAUCCCCUCGGACACGCCUAUCUCCUCCCUCCUUGCGUCCGCCAACGCACAUCUUGCGAAAGGCGAAACCAACAAUGCCCUGACCUACUACGACGUCGCCAUAUCCCGCGACCCAAACAAUUACCUUACAUACUUCAAGCGCGGGGCUACCUAUCUUUCCUUAGGUCGAACCGUUCAAGCCACCCAUGACUUCGACAGAGUCCUCGCUAUCAAGCCUGGCUUCGAGGGCGCACUGGUACAACGCGCGAAGAUCAAGGCCAAGAACGGUGAAUGGGAUGCUGCGAAGAAGGACUUCAUUACACAUGGCAAUUCCGAAGCAGAUUUAGCAGAGCUCGAGGAAGCUAAAGGCGCAGCUACGUUAGCAACUGCUGCCGAGCAGAGUGGGAAUUGGGAGGAAUGUGUCACACAGUCUGGCGCUGCAAUCAUGGUUGCCAGCAAGCUACUAUCUUUGCGGAAAACUCGAGCUCAUUGCCGAUUUGAGAAGGGCGAAGUCCAGGAAGGCAUGAGCGACCUGAAGCAUGUUUUGCAGAUACAGUCUGGGGUCACGGAACCUCACAUGCAGAUCUCUGCUAUUACAUUCUUCGGACUGGCAGGUUUGGAGCAUGGAAUGGAACAAAUGCGAAAGUGCUUGCAUUCAGAUCCGGAAUCUAAGAAGUGUAAGAAGCUCCACCGUCGAGAGAAGGUGUUGAGCAAAGCAUGGAACCAAGUCAACAAGCACCUUGAGAAAAAUCAGUAUUCGAGUGCGAUCAAGGUGCUACUUCCGAGUGGGGACGAUGUUGGCCUGGUUCAAGAUAUCAAAGAUAAUGUCCAAGAGCUGCGUGAAUCCGGUACGAUCCCAGAGCGUUCGCCAAAUGACUUGGUUGCACGAGUGGUCGAAAUGGUGUGCGAGUCGUAUCAUGAAUUGAAAAAUUACAAGAAAGCUAUCCCCUACUGCGAUGAAGCGCUCACCUACAAUGAACACUCUCUUCACGGCCUACUUUCAAAAGCGGAACGUCACAUGGAAGCAGAGAAUUUCGACGCUGCUAUUGCCUCUCUCAAUGCUGCCAAGGAGCAUCAUCCAGGAGCAGCGCAAGUUAACCAAUUGCUACAAAAGGCCCAAAUUGAGCUCAGACGCAGUAAAACUAAGGAUUAUUACAAAGUCCUUGGCCUUCCUCGUGAUGCCGAUGAAGUUCAAAUCAAGGGAGCUUAUCGAAAAAUGGUCAAAUUGCACCACCCCGACAAGGCCCAUAAAUUGGGGAUCAGCAAGGAAGAUGCAGAGAAGAAGAUGGCAUCUGUCAACGAAGCCUAUGAGGUGCUUAGUGACCCGGAAUUAAAGGCAAGGUAUGACCAGGGCGAUGACCCUAAUGACCACGAGCAACAGCGACAACAUCCUUUCCAUGGUUCACCAUUCGGUCACCAAGGAGGACACGGUGGUCAGCAAUUUCAGUUCAAGUUUCAAGGUGGAUUUCCGUUUGGCUGA